CCCCGCCUUAUAUCUAUUUUUCCUCCUUCCAAUCAACCUUUCUUUUCCCUUUUCCGCCCUCUUGAACGCCCUAGAGCUUUCCCUCCGCUCGCGUCCUCUUUUGGCCCCUCCGGCUGCCCGUCCACUGCCGCGCAAGGCCUGCUGGGGCUUGUAGUUCCCCGCCUCCUCCAGGGCGGCGCGUGAUUGGACGGCUUCAGGCGCGGGCCAACCCGGAAGCGUUGCCAUGGCGGCGGGAGCGGAGGGCCUGCUGGGCGCGCUGGUGGCGCUGCUGGAGACGCACCGGGGCAGAGACCGCGCGGUGAGGAGGGAAGGGGCUGCCUGUCUGUCAAGAGAGGCGGGGCGGGGCUUCAGGGCAGUGGGCGGGGCCUGGACAGCAGGCAGCCUGUCUGUCAGGAGCAGCGGGGCUGGGCUAAAUGGAGGGGGGAGGAGUCUGGUAUGGGCGUGGCUUAAUGUAAUGGGCGUGGCCUGGAAAGCAGGCAGCCUGUCUGUCAAGAGCAGCGGGGCUGGGCUAAAUGGAGGGGGGAGGAGUCUGGUAUGGGCGUGGCUUAAUGGUAGUGGGCGUGGCCUGGAAAGCAGGAUGGGCUGUCUCUUAAAAGCAGUGAGGCGGGGCUUAAUUGGAGUGGGAGGGGUCUGGUAUGGGCGUGGCUUAAUGUAAUGGGCGUGGCCUGGAAAGCAGGCAGCCUGUCUGUCAAGAGCAGCGGGGCUGGGCUAAAUGGAGGGGGGAGGAGUCUGGUAUGGGCGUGGCUUAAUGUAAUGGGCGUGGCCUGGAAAGCAGGCUGCCUGUCUGUCAAGAGCAGCGGGGCUGGGCUAAAUGGAGGGGGGAGGAGUCUGGUAUGGGCGUGGCUUAAUGUAAUGGGCGUGGCCUGGAAAGCAGGCAGCCUGUCUGUCAAGAGCAGUGGGGCUGGGCUAAAUGGAGGGGGAGGAGUCUGGUAUGGGCGUGGCUUGGUGGGUAGUGGGCGUGGCCUGGAAAGCAGGCUGGGCUGUCUCUUAAAAGCAGUGAGGCGGGGCUUAAUUGGAGUGGGAGGAGUCUGGUAUGGGCGUGGCUUAAUGUAAUGGGCGUGGCCUGGAAAGCAGGCAGCCUGUCUGUCAAGAGCCGUGGGGCUGGGCUAAAUGGAGGGGGGAGGAGUCUGGUAUGGGCGUGGCUUAAUGGAGGUGGGCGUGGCCUGGAAAGCAAGUGGGCUGUCUCUUAAAAGCAGUGAGGCGGGGCUUAAUUGGAGUGGGAGGAGUCCGAUAUGGGCGUGGCCAGGAAAGCAGGUGGGGCUCCCUGUUAAGAGCAGUUGGGCGGGGCUUAACAGAGGUGGGAGGAGCCUGAUACAGGCGGGGCUUAAGGGGUAGUGGGCAGGGCUUGAUGAAGGAUGAGACAGUUAAGAGACAGGGCGUGACUUAAUAAAGGCAGGGGCGUGGCCUAGUGGUUAGUGGGCGUGGCCUGGAAAGCAGACUAGAUUUUCAGAAUCACCUAAUGAGAAAAGCGAUGCUCCUUUUCUUAGAAAUAAAUCAAGAUCCCAGGCCUCAUGGUUCAGAUUUAACUUGUGUCGAGUCGUACCGCCGAUCCGGCCGCCAGUGUUACGUGCUCUGACUGGCAGCUGUUCCCCCCUGCUUCCUAACGGAGCAUAGAGAAAACCUGAAAUUGUCGUAAUGUCCGAAAGCGGGCAGAGGCAUUAAAAAAAAAACACAGUUUCCUCGUCCAACUUUAAAUUUUGACCUUGUGCCUCGCCUGCUAAAAAUAAAUGAAUGCGAUCGUUGUUAAUAAAUAAAUGCCAUUGUUCCUUUCUUAUCUCGCAGCGGCCUUAAAAAAAGAAACGCAAGCGACACAUUUUGUUCUAUUUAAAACCGAAGCAAACUGGAUGGAGGAAGGGGAAACCCAAAUUUCUGGCCUCCCAUGCCUUCCUCCUCCAGAUUUGCAAAAGAUGUUGGCUAAACAUAAGUGAACCUUCCAGGAAAGUGUGGGGCCACAAAGGGAUCUCUGCAAGCUGCCUGGAUCGGUAGAUUUAUUCGGACCAGGGUUUCCCCGCAAAUUUGGGUUUAUUUUGUUUGGAAUUGGGCGGCGGAAAUGAGAUGAACCUAUGCAAAGUUUGUGCCCUGCAGGGGUUGGGCUGGAUGACCCCCGGGUCCCUUUCGGCCCCAUAGUUCAGCGAUGCCAGCAUUUGAAAAGUCUGGACCAGGCUCAUCCAGACGGAAAGGUUUUUUGGCAGGAGCAAAAGCGCCUUGCCUGGCACCAUCCAUUGGCAGGGAGUUCCAACGGGUCACAAAGGAAAAGGUCGAUUCCUUACAAAGUGCAGAACGGGGGUCCGGAUCGAAGCCGGUUUCUGGAAGAAAAACGAUAAAAUAAUUGCUAUGGAGGUGAUUUUGUAAUAGAUGGGAGAUGGGAGGGGGAAAGGGUUUGGAGAAGUCAGUUUAGGAAGACGUUAUGUGAAUACUUGAUUUGAGUUUAAAUCCGUGGCGUUUUGGAAAUCUAAUAAAUAAAUUUUAUUCAAUUUUUUUAAGAAGAAGCUGAGUUCGUCCGUCCGCCGUAGGCGGGGACCUAAAAGUCACCCACUCCAAAAAAAACCACCCCAAUGCAGGAAUCGCAGUGAGCAAAACAAUAUUGUCUCGCUUACUUUUCCAUAAGCGUAGCGCCCAUUAACGGACAGCUGAAUCCCCAAUGGGUUUUGACCUUUUCCUUGGAGGUUUCGAAGCAGAGCUUGUCCUAGAUGCUUUUGCCGAGAUUCCUGCAUUGCAGGGGGUCAGACUGGAUGACCCCUAGGGGUCCCCUUCCGACUCUAGGAUCGUUUAAACCCGUCUUUUAUUCCCAAUCGUGAUGCUUUUUGAAUAACAACCCCCCGGCGACAAUGGAAGCAGCGUAUCCGUGUUCCAAAGCGCAGAGGUAACCGCGAUCUCCUCUCCCUCCCUUCCGCCAGGUCCGCACCCUCGGUUAUGGCUGCCAGCUGGCAGGGGGGGCCUUGGCCGCCAGGAGCCACCCCACGGAGUCCCCGCUCGGCCAGAGCCUCCUGGCGAUAUCAGCUCAGCUCAGCCACUGCCGGACGGUCCUCCGUCUCUUCGAUGACCUCUCCAUGCUCGCCUACAGCUGCCAGUACGGCCUGGGGCCGAAGGUGGGUCACCCUGGGGCAGGGAGGUGUUGGAGGGCCUGAAUUUGAGGAAGGAUGCCCAGCCUGAAACCCAGGAGAGCUGCCAGCCAGUGCGGGCGACACUGAGCUAGCCGUGGUUUUCCUCCCCGGCAGCGGGUUGGGAUGGAUGACCUCUGGGGAUCCCGACUUGGCACAAGCGCUGUGCUCGGAAACACCAGGAACUGGCUUCGUUUUUGUGGGAAGCACAACUCAGGGGUCAAAAAACAGAUUCCCGCAUUGCCAGGGGUUGGGAUGGAUGACCCUUGGGGUCCCUCCCAGCUGUACGAUUCUCCAGCUGGCCCGAUUCAGCUGCCGCUGCAGGGCUCUCAGCGUUAAAAGGGGGGCGGAGGAAUGGCUGGGGAAGGCUGUCAAACUACAAAAGCGAUGCUGUCCCUCCCCUGUCGGAGGCAGUAUACUGGGGAGAGUCGAAGCUGUGGCACAGCUGGCCUGUUUAUAUAUAUAUAUUAUUAAUAAUUUUCAAUUACAACCCAGUGGUAGCCUCGUUAUAACAACGCCAAAUUGCAAUGCAGCUGUCAAUACCAAUCUUACGAAUGCAGUCAACGUUUUGGAACGUUUUGCCUCCUGAAGGCCAGAAACCCGGAAGCGACCACUCUGGUUUCUGAACCAUUUUCAGAAGCUGAAUGUGCCACGCAGCUUCCCUACUGUAUUGAGGCUUUCGGUUUUCGGUUUUCAAACGGUCUCCCGGAAUGGAUUACUGUACCAAAUUAAACAAUUUAGGUGGGCCCCCCCUGCAUGCUAGAAUGGAUGGUUUUCUUUAUACCUGCAUUCCUAAAAUCUUAUUGGUUUCCAUUACAUUCCAAUCAAGAUGAUAAUCCCAUAUACGACAGCUGCAAUAACUUCUAUCCGUGUUAAUAACUUCUAUUCGAACACGAACAGCUGGCCUGUUAAUCAUAAUAAUAAUAGAUUUUUAUUAUUUGUACCCCUGCCCACCUGACUGGGUUUCCCCAGCCACACUGCUCCACCCAUCGCCUAUCAGAGGGAUAUUUUCGGACAGCAAAAACACACCCGCCCUCUGGCCCCGCAGAGAUCCUGCCCACGCCGGUUCUCCCUGCUUCCUAGAAGGAGCAAAGUGACUUUCCCCAUGUGAUUUCAGAGCAAACACUCCUCUUUUUUUUGGUUGCGCAAACACAGGAGGAGCACGGGACCGAAGUAUGCGUCACACAAACAAGGUGUUUGCAGCUGCAGAAGGCAUGGGGUGCCUGGCGCCCUUUGACCGCCCGUGGCGCGAGGGGGGUAGCUGGAGGGCGAACCUUCGCCCCCACCCAGGAAGAGCGGCAAGGGGUGGCCGGCACCCAAGGGCGAGGAACCCCAUCUAGGCGAUGCCACCAAUUCCUGGAAGUGGCGAAGACUCACAGGGGCGGCAGGGCGCUCUGCCCGCGCUCAGAGGCACCAAAUGCCUCUGAACUGCUGGGAGUCGCAAGAGGGGACAGGUUGAAUCCUGACAAGACAGAAGGGGUGGGCAGGUGUGGGGGACUCCCUGGUCCUGAAUGGGGCGACUGUGCCCCCGAAGGACCAGGUGCGCAGCCUGGGAGUCAUUUUGGACUCACCGCUGUCCAUGGAGGCGCAGGUCAGUUCUGUGUCCAGGGCAGCUCCAUCUGGGACGCAGGAUGAGACCCUCCCUGCCCACAGACUGUCUGGCCAGAGCGGUGCAUGCUCUGGUUAUCUCCCGCUUGGGCUCGAAGCUGCGACAGCAGCCCCGAUCCUGGGAAUGGCUUUGUCUGUCUGUCUGAACUGGGCGAGGGGAGCCAAGGGGUCUCGAACCCAAAGGGAGUUAGGGGCUUCACCUGCAGGCAAAGACAGGGUCUGAAGCGGACCAAGAAGGGGGGCCAAUGGUCAAGAAGGCUGGUUUUGCCCAGGCCAGAGAGGGAAGUGGGGGGCCGGUGGGGCUCAUCCGCCUGGGAAGGGACCCCAUCGGGGAGAAGGGAAUAGGCUCAGGGGGAACCGUACCCAAAUCCAGAGCGGAGUCCCCAAGGCAGUUGGGUGACACCUUCUGGCAACCCUUGCAGCCAAGAAAAGAAAAAUAGAGUUGGGACCCCCGCGGUCAUCUAGCCCAACCCCCUACGAUGCAGGGAUCUCUGGUUUCCUUUGGCCCCCUGUCAGCAAGGGGGUCUUGUCGUCUGGGCAGCCCAGGACCCCCAGACCAGGCUUGGGCUCCGCGGAGGUCAAUUCGCUUUGGCUUCACCCCCAGAAGCGCGCUCCGCUGUUUCCCCGAGACAGGCAGGUGCCCACAAUGGGGACUAGCGCCUUGCGUCAUGGUAUCUCCAGGGAAGACGUCCAAAGUCUGCUGCCGGCCCGUGUGGGCAGCGCUGACCGAGGUGGACCCUGGUCUUCCUCGCGAAGGACCCAACCUUCUCCCCCUUUCCCAGGAGGAGGACCCCGCCGUCCGCUGGCUCUCGGUGGCCAGCAACGUGGCGGACCAGCUCUACUACCCCUGCGAACACCUGGCGUGGGCAGCGGACGCCAAGGUCAUCCGGGGCGACUCUGGGAAAUGGUGGGUGCUCAGCACCUUGCUCUGGGCAACCUCCCUGCUGCUGGGAAUCGCGCGGUAAGGAACGCCGGGGGGGGGGAGAAGGGACCCCGGGCGCAACAGCUCCUUGCCUCCAACUGGCUGGUGGAGGCUUGCAAGCUGUGGGUUCGAGGGGGUUGGGCUAGAUGACCCUUGGGUCCCUUUUGUAAAAGGCUCAUUUUCGACCCUCUCAAUUCCAGAUCCCUGAGGAUCUUGUGCCAGCUGAGAAGGCGGCGGCCGAAGCAGGCCAGGUAGGAGCUGUUUCUCACGGCAAAUAUUUCGGAAGCGGCCCCCUAUUCCUGCGGCAGGCCAGAGGCCCCCCUCCCUCCGUCCUGGUUAUGGGAUAGGUAAAGGUAAAGGGACCCCUGACCAUUAGGUCCAUUCGUGGCCGACUCCGGGGUUGCGGCGCUCAUCUCACUUUACUGGCCAAGUACAGCUUCCGGGUCAUGUGGCCGGCAGGACUAAGCCGCUUCUGGCGAACCAGAGCAGCGCAUGGAAAUGCCGUUUACCUUCGCGCCGGAGCGGUACCUAUUUAUCUACUUGCACUUUGAGGUGCUUUCCAACUGCUAGGUGGGCAGGCGCUGGGACUGAACGACGGGAGCUCACCCCAUCAUUGCGGGGAUUCAAACCACCGACUUUCUGAUCGGCAAGCCCUAGGCUCUGUGGUUUAACCCACAGCGCCACCUGCAUCCCGGUUAUGGGAUACCCCCCCCAAAAAAACCACACACUGUCUUCUGCUCAGUCCAGGCUAACCUUAAGCCCCUUAAGUCCAGCUCCACACUUCCAUGCUUUGGAGGGUCUGGUCUGGAUGUGCUUUGGGGGACCCUUUCCAACUGAUCCUCCUUCCCUCCGUCUCCCCGCAGCAAGGACUCCCUUCGGACGAUGAGGGUGCGAGCCCGGGCCGAAGCCCUGACCGUCGCCGGCAACCUGGCGGACCUCUGCAAUGCCGUCCACUGGCUCCCCCCGGGGGUGCUGUGGGCAGGGAGGUUCCCCCCGUGGCUCGUGGGGCUGCUGGGGACGACGUCGUCCCUCAUCGGAGUCUACCAGACCUACGUGGGGGGAGCCGCGUGAGAGGAAGCUGUGUGAGAUCAGACAGGCCCCUCAAAAUUCCUGCCAGUGCCAUGAAACGGGGAGCCAGAUUCCUUCGCGGCGCUUUCUGCCCUCGGAAACCCAGAGCCUGCCCCCCCAUGGCCAUGGGGCAAAAAGAGCCCCUCGCAGGCAUGGAUCAAAGCCCGUCCAGUGCACACCGUGUAAACCGGUCGCGGGCAAGCUAAUAAAACGCAGAGAGGAAGUAUCCUGCAAACCGGGGUCAGCAGGUAGCCUCCUUUAUUGCUUGCGACCCCCGUGAACGCCUCCCCCCUUGACCCACGGAUCCUGCACGGGUUGGGGGGCUUGCUUUGCAAGCCAGGCACGGGCUCCGACUCCGGACGCAGCAAAGAGGUCCUUCGGUCAUGAUUCCGUCUCCCCCAAAGACCGCCCCUGUACCCUUAAGUUCUCUUGUUCCUGCACUCUUAAUCCCUAGAACCGGGACAGGAUUAGGGGUUUGGGGGUCCCCCCUUCAGCCAGUGGGGAGUUCCAGAGGGUCUGCAGCCUCUUCCCUGAGGGGGGGGGGAAUUCCUUGGCUGCGAUUCCUUCCUGCUCAAGUCGUAGCAACCAGGCAAAAGGCAAUAUAUAUCUAUAUUUAUUCAUUUAUUUAUGCACGGGCCACCUCUCGCACUCAAGGGGGUCUCAAGGGGGCGUACACAUAGUAAACAAAUAAAUAUUCAAAACACAGAGCAAUUUUUCCCCCUGGGGGGGCAGCGGCGACAGAGGGAAAUGUUUGCCUUUUGGGGAACUUUCUCCCCCUGACCCCAGUUGGCGAGUCGCCUGUCCUUGGCUGCAUGUGGACUGUGCCUGCCCACCCCCACCCCC